AUGGAUACCUAUGAUUUUCAUAAUCAUUCAUUCUUAAUCCAUACCGAGAAUUUCAAGGUGAUUUCGCUCUCAGAUGAAGUCAACGUUUCAUAUUUCACUUACUAUACGCCGUGGAAGCAUUGGUUCUGUUAUAGAAAAUUACGCGAUUAUCUACGAUCAGCUGGUGUUGCAAGAAAUGACUCGCUAAGGAUCAUAUUAAGUAAUGGCAAUAUUCCAGUUGGUCAUUAUGAUAUUAGAUAUCAAUUACAUGCUUAUGAAAAUGUCGCUGAACCGCCCAAAAUGGGAAAAUUAUGCCACUUAAAAGUCUUCGAGAUUAAGGAACUAAGCAAUAUUUUUAUCGAGGAAUCAGAAAAGCCAGUGAAUCAUAUUUAUUGGAUAUGUCCAUCCUACGCUUGGUGUUGUGGUGCGGAAUGCUGCCAACAUUACUACAGAGAUCCAUGGCCAUUACUCGGACCAGAUUUUUAUGAACUAAUUGCUGCGGCAUCAGUUUUUGCUAGUCUGUUGAUCAUUCCUGAACUGUAUCGUCGAUGGCGACAAUGUAAGAUAGAUAACGAAUCAGUGCUGACAGUUUCUGAGGAGAAUUCUGCGCAAAUCAUAGAAGAUCCAGAAAAGGCACACUUCAUAGUAUAG